GUGCGCUUCCUCUCCUUUAGCUUCCCGGUGAUGUAAUGCGGGCCCAGCUGUCCCGGUUGGCGGAGCGCUGGAGGGGCGGAGCUUAUUACAGUUCUGUCUGCAGCUGGACUUCUGCGCCAAAGGGGUGUGCGGCUGGUGGCUGGGGUGCGGGCAGAAAGUGUGGGAGCCGCUCUGUCCGAGCAACAAUUCAUAGAACAAUGUCAGAAGACCACUUCCCUGUGCAUGAUGAAUUUAUAUAUUGCUCUGGAGGUGCUACAGAAGUCCUGAAAUUUGGCCCCUGGAAAGACCUGCAGAAAUCCAAUGGAGAAAGCAAGCCUAAACUCCUUAUCCUCAUCAUUCCUGGUAAUCCGGGUGUAGUAGGCUUUUAUAGGACCUUUAUGCAGUCGCUCUACUGUAGUCUGGAUCAACGGUAUCCAGUGUGGGCCAUCAGCCAUGCAGGCCAUUGCUCCCCACCAAGAGGAAUGGACAUGACUCAAGAAUAUGACCAAAUGGAGGACGUGUUUGGACUCAAUGGACAGAUUGAACACAAGCUCUCGUUCAUGAAGGAACAUGUGCCUGCAGAUAUAAAAUUGAUUUUGAUUGGUCAUUCCAUUGGAUGUUACAUAAUACUGGAGAUGAUGAAGAGAGCUGCAGACCUUAAGGUCCUGCAGUCGAUAAUGCUGUUUCCAACAAUUGAGAGGAUGGCCCAGUCCCCACAAGGCAAAAUAAUGACACCCCUUCUGUGCAGCCUGCGCUAUGUAUUCUACAUGCCUCUCUAUCUGCUCUCCUUCCUACCAGAGAACCUCAAGACGUCCCUGGUGAGAUUCGUCCUGCGUGGAAUUAAAUCUGUGGAUGAAGCCUCUGUAGAAGCUUGUCUCAACUUAUUUAGGAUGGAUUGCGCAGCAAAUGCCAUGUACAUGGGGAGUCAAGAAAUGGUGAAGGUCCUGGAGAGAGACAACAACACCAUCAAACGAAAUUUACAGAAGCUCAUUUUCUACUAUGGAGCCACAGACAACUGGUGUCCGGUUCAGUAUUAUGAAGAGAUGAAGAAGGCGUUUCCCGAGGGCAGCAUCUUGCUUUGCGAGAAAGGCAUCAGACACGCGUUUGUCCUCGACUCCAGCAACGAAGUCGCCACCAUGACCAUUGACUGGUUAAAAAAGCGAUCACUUUGUUGAGUGUUGCUGUAAUUUUCUUUUUUUUUUUAGACUUCUGCAGCGAUUUUGUCAAGCUGUAACUCAAUUUUAUGUGUCUCCAGUCCUGUAGAUUAUACAAUGACAGGGUUUUUAUGUAGUUUAGAUAUAGCUGAGGAUGAAUUACAGCCUACGGCUCUAACUUGAACACACUUGAUUUCCUGCCAUUGAAAUGUUGGCUGUGCAUGAGGACCAAAAGUGUCACUCGGGAAAUGUGCAAAUCUACAUUGGGUGGGGAGUUUUGGGAAGGUGAAUCUAGCUUGAGAAAAAAACGUACAAAACCAGGAAAAUGGAGAUUUAUGCUGCAAACAGAAAGCUGACAGCUAUUUGAAUGUCGGGCAGAUAUUUUUUGUUUUUUCACUAACCCAGAUAUACAGUCAUCUGUUGUACUCACUUACACACGUACAGUAUUAGGAACAAAGUACAUUCAAGGGGUGGGUACGACUGCCCCGGGCACAGAGUAGCAGUUGUAGUUAGGACCAGUAUGGGAAAGUUAAAUAAUGCACCCACAGAUCCAUAUGGGAUUGCACAAUGGUUCCUAAUAAUAAAGAUGUUUUUAUCUUCAAAUAAAUUAAAUUAUGAGAGAGUAAAUGUUUGUUUUGCCACACAAGAUAAUCCAUAGAGUGAUACACAGGGCAGCUGGGGAAUGUGAUUAAAUAUCUCCUUACCCCUGUUCUGAAGUGGUAAAAGGUUGGACUGAGCUAACACAACAUCUCCCUGGUCCAUUGCUACAGUCUUCCCUCUAGUCUACUCCACUAAUCCUGAGGGUUCUUCAUACCACAUCCACUGCAGGAGCUUUCAGACUUGGCCUCCUGUCAAGUAGCAGUGUGGUGUGUUCUUCAUAAUGGCCUUUAUCAAAAAAUCCAAUAAACUAUUUAGUUUCCUGUAGAAGUAGGAUAUGAGAAGCCAGAUGGUUUGAAAUGAUAGUUUUAAGGGCACCAGGAAUCCUUGACCUGAAAGUAAACCACCAUUUUGGCUUCUUUGCUCCCUAAGGGACUGUACAGGAAAAAGAAAGCCUUGGGAUACCCAAUAGAAGAUAAGUUGGCAAAGAUAAGGGGAGUGGAAGGAAAAAGGUAGAGUAGAUUGAAAGCAAAUAGAAAGAGAUGAGACAGGGAUAGAAAGGAGAUCAAAGCAUGAGUAGAUGAGCAGAGGAGAGAUAUAAAAGAGGGUAAGAGAAUGAAGUUUAAAGUCACAUGACUCAGCUGAAUCCUGGAUUUGGUGUUUCCCUAUUAAAUACUGUAUGGCAUAAACUAGUCCUUAUAUAUUAAUAUGCCAUUAAAUAACUCUACAGCAACUUUGUUGUUGAGCAGAAGGUUAGAGAUGUCCACAAAGGGAACUUUUACCCCCCAACCAAUUGAUACCAAUCAGAUUUGUGCAUUUCAUUCAGUCAAAGCUAUGGUCCGAUUAGCUGCUACAAAUUAACUGGAGUUUUGUGCAAUAGACUAACAUCAAUGAUACCUAACCUUGUUUUCUGAUAAAAUAACUUUGAAUGGAUAAUUGAUGAUAUAGAUCAACAGAUAAUCACGUACCGUUGAGCUCAUUGGUCCCUCGUUUGUGCUUCUCGUUGCCUCCGUGCAGAUUAAUGUGGAAGUUAUAAUGAGUUCUAAAGGAAACAGAACAGCGAGAGAGAGAGAGAGAAAACGCUGCGGAGCAUGGUAGGCUUUUUCCUUAUUUAAAGGUAAUAAAUUGUGAAGACGGUUCCUUGGUCUUAUCUGCAUCACGCUGGGUGGUAAGGAUGUUGGACAGUAACAUUAGAGAGAACUCCAUAUGGGGGGAUAUCAUCUGGGUGGCCAGUAUUAUUUACUAAGGGCUGAGUAUUCCCAUAUAUAAUUAUAUGUUGCACAGGUUGGUUUCGCCGGCGUAUUAAAGUGGGGAGGCCAGACUCUAGUUCCUGUGCUGUUUUAUCGCACGCAACGAGAUCCAAUCACCAAAUCUUUUUUUUUUUUUUUUUAAAUUUCUGCCAAUUGUUCCAGCUGUUGAUUCUCACACACAGUGGGUCACUAACGUGCUCCAAACUUCAGGACUUUAGGGAAAGGCUCUACGGUAUUUCAGUUUCACACAGAGCAAUAACAUUUUUUCAGAUGUCCAACUUGGAAUGGUGGGACUUUUUUCUAAUUGACUCUUCUGAAAACGGAAACCAAGGCACCUGUAAGGGUUUAGCAACGUUGGAAUCUUCAUCCAGAGCCUGCCAUGCGUCUCGCUGCUUCUCAUGGGUAUCUAUAGAAUAUUAGGAGAGUAUUGAAUAUCUGCAUCAGAUAUACAGGUUUUAUCAGUGGUGUAACUAGAUGUUACUGGGUCUCACAGCAAGUUCAAUUAAGGGCCCCCAAAACAUUGGUUUGUUGACCCAUUCUACCAAGAUAUACUGAAAUUGCUGAUUAUUUAGGGCCCUCUACACUCUUGGGCCCCCCUGCAACCCCAGGGUCUACUUCCUCUCUAGUCACACCCCUGUGUGUUAUAUUAUUAACCUUUAAUAGCACUGAUUCGUUUAAAGAGUGCUCCUUGCAGAUACCGCUCAGGACAUUUCAAGGCAGGAGUGCUAAUCACUGAGCCGUUGUGCUAAAUCCAAUUCUACAGAAUGUUCUUCUUUAUCCAUUCUACAGAACACCCUAAAGGUGGUAAAUCCAUUGUCCAAAGUGCCAUGCUUCCCAUUCCAGUUUGAUCCAAGCCUCCGCACCCUUUGCAGUUCAACAUAUAGUCAGAAACCCCAUUUACCUAAUAGCAAAACAUUUAUGAAAUGUGUCGUUAUUCUGCCAUAUUUAUUGUGUUUGUUUAAAUUUUGAGCCAUUAAAUGUUAUUUUAUCUCACAGAAA